UUUUCAUUGUGGAGGAGUCGAAACAUUCAGGAAAUCAUGAAUGACCACUAACUUCUUUUUUUUAUUAUGAUCUUAUAUAUUUUCUUGGUUCUAACCUGAUUUGUAACAAACGUGAUUUUCGUGAAUGCCUGAUUCCCAUCAGUUUAAGUUUGUCAGAUGAAAAAAACCUACAUGUCGUGCCAGCAGAAGAGGGAGAAUAAGUCUUUGUGAAGCAUUAAUUCUUUCGUCCUCCAGCUCUCUGCAGGCAGACUGCUACAGGAAGUUGGAGCCCAUAGGGUUGGGUGGGUGGAUGUGGGUGGGGGAGGGGUUUGUAGGAUUUACUGCUGUGAUAGUCAUCCUAUAGUGACAACUCACUGGCAUCUGGGACAGCGCAGAAUAGAGAUGUUACAGAGGUAUUAUGAGCCGGAAAAACCCCACCCACCAGGGAGGCGUAAUGCUUGUCAAGUCACUCAACAAAUGAGUCCUGGGAUGAAGCCUGGUAAUACAUGGAGGGAAGCAUUUCUAGUUAUAAAGAGGAAAGUGUGUAGCUUUUGAAGUUAUUGAAAUGCUGUUUUUUCUUUUCUUUAUUAUUAUUAUCAUUAAAGCUGGACGUUCGGAAACAACCAGAACCUUUUUUCAGUUCUUCUUUUUUUUGUGCCUUUUUUGUACCAAAUGGCUUUAAUUCCUCCUCUAAAAAUCCCAGAUUGAUGUCAGUUUUAGGUCUAGAAGCUAAGGAAUCGUUUGAAAAACUUAAGUGAUGAUUUUUUUCCUUUUCUCUUGGUCUUCCGGCUACAACCUUUGGAUGUUUUUGAAUAGGCUCUGACCUAUCUGUUGCAUACUUUUUGGUGCCAUGCCUUACCAGGAUGACGAGUACCCAGGCCAGCCUCUGUGGCAGUCUGUGCUGCUCUUUUGCUGCAAGGGCAUGAUCGAAGGGAUCAUCGUCGUUCUCUUCUUCUGGCUCCUGGUGCAGGUCCUCUUCACCAAACAAUUGGAAGUUCAUCUUCAGGUUCUUCUCCUGGUUGGGCUAAUCGUGUUUUGUCUGUCUUUGAUCCUGGGAUGUGUUCUGUGCUGGAGGAAAAGUGACCUUUGCACGGCUAACGCUAAGCCACCUACACCAACGCAGGCGUCUGUUGAAACUGUGACCCCUGCUAAGGACACGGAUUCCUCCAGAGAAACCCCUGGAUCCAUGCAGCUGUAUGCCGAGCUAGAUGGAGAAACGCUGGAAUAUCCCUCCACGUUCACCAGUCCGGCUCCUACGAACACCGACCCGUUCUCUCAGGCAUUUUCAAAUCAAACUCAUCCUGACGGAGACGGAAAUGAGCAGGCAACAUCUCACUUUUCCCUGCGUCGCUUCAGCUCUCCACUGCAAACGGCACCGCUUUACAAACCCAUCCACCCAAGCCGUGCUUCCCUGCCUUCGUUGCCUAAACUGGGAAUGCUGACCAAAACGUGCAAGGCCAUGCAGAGGCGCUGCACGGUGUCAGGGGAUUCCAGAUCUUCCAGCGAUCGCAGCAGACUCACCAGGUCCAGUGUCAACUCACAAUUAAUUCCUGAAAAGCCCAUUCCCCUAAUCCCCCUGAGCUACGGCUCCAGUGCAUCCUGCAAACCACUAGUACACAAACUUUGCCUCCAUUUCACCGUGGCCUUCUCUCCGGAGCAGCAAACACUGACAGUCACUAUCUUAAACCUCACUGGGAGACCUCAGAGACUGGAGGACGUGACUGUCCUGGGCAGCCUACCACCCUUGCACACCUGUCUUACUCGGAGCAGCGUCAGCCCUGAAUGCAACAGCCCGGUGCUGAUUCUGAAGAGUGUGAUCUCAACAGGAUGCACCGAUUCGUGAGGAACGGAGCUGUCCCCCGCAGAUCCUCAUUGCGCUCGAAUAUCAAGUUCGGACCCACUCUAUUAGAACCACGGUCCUCAGUGCUGACAGCCUGGACAGCCUUGUUCAGACAUCAUCAGCAGCAGACUACCAGGUGCAGAUUAAUCUGCACCAUGAUGGCGUUCUGAUCGGCACCCGAGAAACUCAGAGACUUUCCUGCCCCGCAUGGAGCGCUUCUUUUGUGUUUCAGCUGCCUCCAGGAGACAUUAAUCAGCUCCCCAUCUCGCUUCAGUUCGUAAUCAUACAGAAUCGUCCGCUCUCAGAGGCUAAAGUUGUCGGCCGGGUCCUCAUCGGCGCAGAUGCUGCAGAAGCGGGACGGGCUCACUGGAGGGACAUGUGUCACCUGCAUGUGGAGCUGGCACGCCUGCACACUGUUCAAGCAGAGCCACUGAAGGCCACGACUCUUUGCUGAAAGGGUUUUAUCUCCUCUAAAGCGGGUCUUUUGCUGCUCCUUAUGGGGCAUUGAAAAAAAAAUCAUGGCUAAAAAAACUACAACAAGUAAGCCCUAAACUCUGAUGUCAAGAAUUGUUUGUUUUUUUUAAUCACAUGGUUGCCGUGAUGUUUGCAUUGAUCUGAUGUAUUAAACUCUGUGAAACACUGAGCUUCGUGCUUUUGUGAAACUGAGAUGUCUUAAUAAGCACAAAGGACUUCACACAUUUAAAGCUUAAGACAGAGCCUUAAUAAUUUACCAGUUACCUUCAGAAGCAAAUUAGUAAAUAAAGACUGAAAUUCAGUUUUAGCUGUUCUGUGAAGACUUCAGAGCUUUGUUAGAAAAGAGUGAACAAACAUCACAAUUAACACCUGGGAUUACAAAAGAAAGGUCGGGGAGAAAGUUUUGUUGCUAUGAACCUACUAUAAGUAAUACAGAAAUAGGGCACAAGUGCAAACCUACUGAUGAUACACAACGAAGCUGAGAGGCCGGACAUUAAUAGGAGCAGUCAAAAGGGUUAUUCUGAAGAAGCAGCAGAGACUCACAGACUUACAAUUUCUCAACAUAACCUCCAGUUGUGAACUCUAGAAAUCCAACUUUUAUGGAAGAGUGGCAAUGAAGAAAUCCACUGUUAAAAGAAGGACUAACUUUAUCCAUCUGCCAUAACUAUUUAGGGGACACAGCAAAGAUGCGGAUAAAGUAAUUUGGCUGUUGGUGUGCAAAACACAUCACAAUUGAUGCUGCCACUACCUGGUUUCAUGUUUCCUUUAACAGCAAUUAGGGAAGCUGCUCAUUGCUAAUAGUAGGACAGAUAAAAUAACCAGAGGCCAAUUCUGGAAGAAAGCCUGUUAGAGGGCGGAGAAGACUUGAGACUGGGGUGGAGGGUCCAGCAGGACAACAACCCUGAACAUCCAGCCAGAGCUACAAGGAAAGGGUCUGGAUCAAAGCAUAUCCUUGUGUGAGAAUGACCUAGUCCCAGUUUAGACGUAAAUCAAAUUAAAAAAAUCUGUGCCAAGAAUAGAGAAUGUGCACAGGCGUACGCCAUCAAAUCUGACUGAGUUUGAGUUGUUUUGCAAAGAAGAGCGGGCAAAAGAGUUAAAGGGAAGCUGCGAUGACAUCUAAAUGUGGUUCCACAUUGUAUUGAUUUAGUGGGUCGAACAUAAAUGUACACCAGACGUCUUAAAUUUUCUGAAGCAAGUUUAAGAAAGCAAGUUUUCCUCCAACUUCACAAUUAUUUACUAAUUUGUGUUGUUCUAAAACCAUCAUAAGCUACAUAGAAAUUUGGAGUUUCAACAUCACAAACAUCACAUUACAGAAUGUUUUUUUCAUUCUGAAGCAC